UUUUUCCAAGCUUGUCAAUGCGCAUGCCCUCUGGAGCGGUGAGACUCAUCAGCAGUGGUGUUAGCAAUUAGCUUGUCGCCUCUCACUUCCUUCGGUCUAAACGCCUUUCGUUACACCUCUCAACAAAUUCGCCGUUCCUUUUGGAUCCACUGGGAAUAUCGGGACGAAAGCGUGAAGGAAUAUGCCCAAAAAUAAAGGUAAGGGAGGAAAGAAUCGGCGGCGUGGAAAGAAUGAAAACGAGUCUGAGAAGAGAGAGUUGGUGUUUAAAGAGGACGGACAAGAAUACGCUCAGGUGAUUAAAAUGCUGGGGAAUGGCCGCCUGGAGGCCAUGUGCUUCGAUGGCACCAAGCGGCUCUGCCACAUCAGAGGAAAGCUGCGGAAAAAGGUGUGGAUCAACACGUCAGACAUCAUCCUGGUGGGCCUGAGAGAUUACCAGGACAACAAGGCUGACGUCAUCCUCAAGUACAACGCGGACGAGGCUCGAAGUCUGAAAGCUUACGGCGAGCUCCCAGAGCACGCCAAAAUCAACGAGACGGACACGUUCGGUCCCGGAGACGAUGACGAGAUCCAGUUUGAUGACAUUGGCGAUGACGAUGAAGAUAUUGAUGACAUCUAAAGACUUCCGCACACAAACACACUCAUGUUUAUCCGAACGGGGAUGUUUUGAGCCGAUACAGCGCCGUUGGGGGGGGGGGGGGACUUUUUUUUUUAGAAUCCCAUAUAGAAAUUAUCAAGUGUAUUUUCAUUUACAUGACUAGAUGUGUUUGCUGUGGACAUAAGUGGUGGGGGGAGAGAAAAAUAUGCUUUUUUUUCCUCACUCCUCCCCACUGAAAACCAGUCCAAUGUUUUUCUUCUUGGUUUCCUCCUGCGUUUCUUUGGGGGAGCGUGUGACUGCGAAAACAUUAAGUCCUUUUAAAAAAAGUGUAUUUAUAAUCAUUUCACGUCUGGUGGAAUUUAAGCAAAAUUGCAGAAUCUUUGGAUUCACCAAUAAACACAUUAACCAUU